AUGAAAUUAAAGGGUAUGAAAGAACAAUUGAAGGAUGAAUAUGGGAUCGAGGUUGACAAUAGAAGGUUAUGGAGAGCUAGAAGAUAUGCAAGAGGAGAAGUUCAUGGUAGUCAUGCUAAAUCUUAUGCGAAGCUUAGAAAUUAUGCAGCCAUGAUCUUGCAUACAAAUCCUAGAAGUGUUGCAAUCAUACAAUCAGAGUUGGUUCCUGUUGAAACUUACAAUGAAAAGGGUGAACUUGUGCAAUCUGUUCCCCCAAUUAUGAAGCCUCAGUAUAAGAGGAUAUUUGUUUGCUAUGAAGGUGUGAAAGUUGGAUUUUUGGUUGGUUGCAGACAUUUCUUUGGUCUUGACGGUUGCCAUCUUAAAAGCCUAUACAAGGGUAUUUUAUUAUCUGCCAUUGGACUUGAUGCAAACCUCCACUUUUAUCCCAUUGCUUAUGCCAUGGUUGAGGCUGAAAACAAUGAAAGUUGGAGGUGGUUUAUGGAGCACUUAAUGGAACAAAUUGGAGAGAGACAUCCCAAUGGUCAGCAUUGGUGCAUACUGAGUGAUAGGCAGAAGGGUUUAAAUGAGGCUGGUAGUCAUGUACCUGAUAAUCACGAUCAUUAUUGUUAUUUUCACAUUGAAAAUAACAUGGUGAAAGAGUUUGGAACUUCUUAUCUUAAGAACAUGUUUUGGGCAACGACUGAAACAGGAAAUUUCCAAACUUUUCAGCGUAUUAUGGACCAAAUUAAGGAGUUCAACAAGGAUGCAUAA